AUGCAGUUUUUCCUUUCUCUUCCUGUUCAAACUCCUGUAGCAGCACCUCAGCAGAACAAUGAUAACAUUAAUAUUGUCCUUCUGGGGAAAACUGGAGUUGGGAAAAGUUCAUCAGGAAACACCAUCCUGGGAGAGAACAGAUUCACGUGUGGAAGAAGUCUGUCUGCUGUUACAAGUAUAUCUAGUGUUGAGAGAUCAGUGAUUGAUGGCAGAUCUGUGUCUGUUAUUGACACUCCUGGGUUUUUUUGUACUAAUCUUUCCCAUGAGGAGCUGUCGAGGGAGUUUGCGAGAAGUGUGUUUCUUUCUGCUCCAGGAGUUCAUGCCUUUUUAUUCGUUGUGCCGUUUGACAGGUUCACAAAGCAGGAGGAAGACAUAUUGAAAAAAGUGAAAGAGGUUUUUGGUAAAGAUGUGCUGAAGCAUGUUAUUCUCCUCUUCACAUACGGGGAUGAAUGUAUCAGAGAGAGAAUACAGACCGAGAUUGAUGGGAAUGAAGUUGUCAGAAAAGUUGUUCAGAGUUGUCAGGGUUAUCAUGUCCUCAAUAACAAAGAUCUGACUGACAGACAGCAGGUCACUGAUCUACUGCAGAAGAUUGACACAAUGACAGAGAGGAAUCAGGGCUACUACACCAAUGCGAUGUAUGAAUGGGCACAAAAGACCACAUGGGAAAAAUUCUGGAAAAUACUUAGGGACUUUUUUUAUGCUGUAAUUGCCUUUUUCCAGAACCUGACUAACAGUUUUGAUAUUAGCCACUGGAGACAAAGAAUGGCUCCAUACAUGAGACUCUAA